AGCCCGCGGCUCGCUUGUGACCGUUGGGAAUCGAUCGCUGUUUUAACAGCCUCGACCUCGACAGAGGGGCACAGCGCACUCCUCUUCUCUCUCUUUCCUCGCUCUGCUUCCUCCGUCUCCUUUCUCUCGGUGAAAGAAGAGCUCGACUGAAAGAUGAACGACCUGAUGACCAAAUCCUUCUACAGCUACGCCGACCUCAAGAAAGAGGCCCUCAAGGACCUGGAGUCCGGCGCGGCAGACGACGUCGCGAUUGAGAUGGCCGCCGGUGACGCCGCCGGUCACCUCCGGCACUUCUUCGAGGAGGCCGGGCUCGUCAAGGAGGAGAUGGCCGCCAUCCGAGGCCUGCUCGCUCGGCUCCAGGCUGCCAACGAGGAGAGCAAGUCCCUCCACCAGCCAGAGGCUCUCCGCGGCCUCCGCGAUCACAUCAAUGCCGACAUCGUGCGGGUGCUCAAGACGGCCCGUGGUAUCCGCGGCCGGCUCGAGGCCAUGGACCGGUCCAACGCGGCCAACCGGCGGCUGUCUGGCUGCCGCGAGGGCACUCCCGUCGACCGGACCCGGACCGCGGUCACCAACGGGCUGCUGAUAAAGCUCAAGGAGCUGAUGAUGGAGUUCCAGGCGCUGCGGCAGCGGAUGAUGGCGGAGUACAGGGAGACGGUGGAGCGGCGCUAUUUCACGGUGACGGGGGAGGCCCCCGAGGAGGAGGUGAUCGAGCGGAUCAUCGCUAACGGGGAGAGCGAGGGGAUGGUGAAGAAGGCGAUGAUGGAGCACGGGCGAGGGAAGGUGCUGGCCACGGUACACGAGAUCCAGGACCGGCACGACGCGGCCAAGGAGGUGGAGCGCAGCCUGCUGGAGCUGCACCAGGUGUUCCUGGACAUGGCGGUGAUGGUGGAGGCCCAGGGGGAGCAGAUGGACGACAUCGAGCACCACGUCGCCAGCGCCGCCCACUACGUCAAGGACGGCACCAGGGAGCUCAAGUGCGCCAAGGAGUACCAGAGGAGCAGCCGCAAGUGGCUCUGCAUCGGCAUCAUCCUGCUCCUCCUGAUCAUACUGGUUAUAGUCAUCCCCAUCGCCACCAGCUUCAGCAAGUCUUAGACGCUCAGGCACCGAUUUCUCUAUUAGCGGGCGAGGUUCUUCUUUUGGGGUCUGGAGUUCCGCUCAAGCUCCUCUUUUGGGAGAAGUCAGCUUGGCUUUGUUGCAGUCAAAGUUUCAUGAAAAGUUUCAAGUGUCAUUCUAGAAAAGAAAACAAAAUAAACUUACAAUUCCUCCAA